ACCUUGGGCGGCCGCGCAGGGUCGCGAAGUGCCGGCCGCUCAGCCACCGUCCGGCAUGAAGGGCAGGGAACUAGCAGCUGCCUCUUCCUCGCUGCAGCUCCAUGGAAUGCCUGCGGGGCCUGGCCCAGCUCCUGCCCCACGCGGUGGGGCUGCCCCGACGCACCCUGUGCGCUCUGGCCUUGGGCCUGACUCCUGGGGUGUCCCCGGUUGCCUCCUGCGGUCGCGCCGCCCAGAUGCUCGGAAGGAGGCGGGCCGCUCCGCUCUGCGGGCCCCGGCGGCUCCGCGUGGCAGGUGAAACUCACCGGUUUAGAACUUCUGAUGUCUCUCAAGCCACCUUAGCCAGUGUAGCCCCAGUGUUUACUGUGACAAAAUUUGACAAAGAGGGAAAGGUUACUUCUUUUGAAAGGAAGAAAACUGAUUUAUAUCAAGAAUUAGGUCUUCAAGCUAGAGAUUUGAGGUUUCAGCAUUUAAUGAGCAUCACAACCAGAAACAAUAGGAUUAUCAUGAGAAUGGAGAAACAUUCUUCAAUUUUAUUAUCAAUAGCUAGCACCUUUCAAAACAGUACCUCUGGUGAAGAGAGAGAAAAGUAUCAGUGGCUAUUCCGGGAACUCCCUUCACAGUUGGCUGGAGAGGGUCAACUUGUCACAUACCCUUUACCUUUUGAGUUUAGAGCUAUAGAAGCACUCCUGCAGUAUCGGAUCAACACCCUUCAGGGGAAACUUAGCACUUUGCAACCACUGAUCCUUGAGACAUUGGAAGCUUUAGUGGAUCCCAAACAUUCUUCUGUAGACAGAAGCAAACUGCACAUCUUACUACAAAAUGGCAAAAGCCUGUCAGAGUUAGAAACAGAUAUUAAAAUUUUCAAAGAGUCCAUUUUGGAGAUCUUGGAUGAAGCGGAGAUGCUGGAGGAGCUCUGUCUGACAAAGUGGAGUGACCCGCAAGUCUUUGAAGAGAGCAGUGCUGGGAUUGACCAUGCGGAAGAGAUGGAGUUGCUGUUGGAAAACUACUACCGAUUAGCUGAGGAUCUUUCCAAUGCAGCUCGGGAACUUAGGGUGCUGAUUGAUGAUUCACAGAGUAUCAUAUUCAUCAAUCUGGACAGCCACCGAAAUGUGAUGAUGAGGCUGAACCUACAGUUGACCAUGGGAACCUUUUCUCUCUCGCUCUUUGGACUCAUGGGAGUUGCUUUUGGAAUGAAUUUGGAAUCUUCCCUUGAGGAGGACCAUAGAGUGUUUUGGCUGAUCACAGGAAUUAUGUUUAUGGGAAGUGGCCUGAUCUGGAGGCGUUUGCUGUCAUUCUUGGGGCGGCAACUGGAAACUCCUUUGCCCCCUGUGAUGGCCUCUUUACCUAAGAAGACCCUGCAGGCAGAUAGAAGGCUGGAAAUGAAACACAGCUUCAGGCCGGAUGGACUUGGAUCAAGCAGGAGUGUCCUAACGAACCGUUAGGAGCAGCCCGGUGGAAACUGGAUUAUUUUUUAUGGUAGUCACAGGAAACUUCUGAUACUUCAUUAUUUUCUUUUAUAGAGUCAAAGAGACUUGGGGGAAAAUCACUGACAUUUAAAUUACAAUGCCUGAUGAUAAAAAUGUUAGAGCAGUCACAAUACUCUAAUUUAACUGUAUUUUUAGAAUUCUGAGUAAAAAAGCAAAGUGCUUGUUUUGUAAAAAGGCCAAAAUUCUACUUCUUACAAACUUAAAAAGCUGCUUUUAUAGACAUAUGAGGUAUGCAGAGAUUAACUUAACACAGGAAUAGAUUGUGGUAUUGAUUUUAUUUAACUUAUAUGUAUCAACCAAAGUGCAACCUCGUGCGGAGCAAAGCCUGGAAACUUGACAAGCCCAUGGUUACACAGUCAGGCAGCUGUAGUUCUUAGCACAGGGACUCACGGUCUCGUGAAUUUCCUGACUCUCAGGUGACUAAAGCUGGCAAGAAAAUACGUAUGAACCUGAAACUGGGAGUUUGUGCUUAAGUCAGUUUUUGACACAACCUUAUUUUCCUGUAUUUGCCCUCUUAACGUGAAUAAAAAGAAGGAAAUGAAAAUUUAGUAUCAGCUUUAUAUAGAUUCCAGUUAAUCAAGAUUUCACUUCCUCAGCCCAUGAGACUGUUUUUCUUUGCUUGGCUAUAAUUAAAGCCUUUGGAAGUAGAGUUGAAAGAAAGUAUUCCCAUUCUGUUACUGUUUUAUAGCUGUUUUGGUCAUUCCCCAGUUUUUAGGAUAGUUUUCCCCCAAAAGGGAAAAUGUAUGUAGCCUCGUUAAUCUAAAUGUCUAGACCUCAGAGGUUGACAGAUCAGCUUCCUCAGAUAAGAGUGUAGAUAAACUUUAAAAUUAUAAUACCUUUUUGUUUUCACAAUCAGAUUUGGGUUUAAAACAAAGGUCUUGUAUUUGUACGUCUCAAAGGUCCUAUCCUACUUAACAUCUUCUAACUUUUUUAUAUUUUCUGGAGGUUAAGUACAAUUAUGCCGUAGAGCAUACAGUUAUGUUUACCUCCAAAAAUAGCAUGCGUAGAAGAUUCUAGCAUGUCCAAAGCAGCUCUUGCACUACAAAUGUAGUAAUAAAAUAAAUACACAUACCCUGACGAUGUGGGGGGAUACCUGAUACCCUAAUAGGUCAUAUGAGGAAGUUUAGGGGUCCAUUUACCAAGUGGUUUGGUGCUAGGAAUAAAAAUGCUCUUCCACUAGCUGAUUUGAAAGAAAACAAGUGAAAUUCCGAGCAGUUGAGUCCACUCCCAUGUGUGAUUAUGAGAGGACAUCAAAAUGGUAUGAAACAGGCCAGGCUGGUCUUGGAGCACUGAGGGGCCGUGUGGCACCUCCUCGGGGUCAGUAGCACACCUGUGCCAUGGUGGUUGGGUUGUGAAUGUGCAGCACUCUCUAGCGUCAUACAUCUAUCUGUUUGAUUAUUUUCAAGAUCAGGUAUCUUCAACAAUACUUAGAUUUCACGGGGCACUCCUCUUUGGCACACCUCAGAGCACUCUGCUGCUGUCUUUGAUCUUCUGUUAUUACUGUGAAAUAGGUAAUACUCCUUAACUGUGACAUGAAUAAUUGGAAGUCCAGAGGGCAAAAUUUGGUUUGACUAAGAUCAGACAUAGGAUAGAAUUUUGGUCUUUUUUUCCUUUCCGGUGUUAACUUAGCUUGUGGGCUUGGGUUAAAUAAUUUUUUUGAUGAGUCAUGUCUCAUCAGUAAAAGGGAGAAUAAAUGCAACUACCUCAUAAGUCUGAUAAAGGGAAGUUACUGAUGGUUUAUAAACUUCUUGCAGGUGGUUAAAUCAAUUAUGAUUUCCAUAUGUCAGCUAGCUCUGCUUUGGUGAUAGCAGGAUGCUUUUUACAUUUAGGAACCCUCAAUAAUAGCCUAUGCCAAAAAUGAAGUUCGUUUUAAAUUUUGAAUUAAAAUAGGCACUGAGUACAUUAGCUAUUUGUAAGUAAGGUGAGAAGAAUACCAAAUACUCCGUUACGUGAGUGAACAGGCAUUUGUAUCCUGUUUAACGUGGACAAGUAGAAGGAUUGAUAUUCUUAACAGAUCGUCUUUGGAAGGUCUCUGAGAAAAUGUGGCAAGAAUAGAUGUCAUUUUAAGAUGGUGUUAAGACUUGCUUUAUUCUUGAUAAAAGACUGAUGAAUAACCACUAAAUAUAUUAAAAACCCAUUUAUUUUGGUAAGUUAUUCUAAGAGUUAUAUAUAGCUUUGUUUUGGAAUUGCAGUAUUGAAGUCACACUUUAAAUUCACGAUUUAUUUUCAUUACUGUAGUAACUACACAGAUGAAGCAAGGAAUAGGAAAUUCAGACACCUAAGUUUAUCCCCAAACUCACAUCAAAGCUCUUUAUGUAUGAGAUACAGAGGCAUAAACAAUUCCAAUCUUGAAGGCUUGGAGAAAGUUGUUGCACAUACAGGUAAUAGACCAAAAUUCCAAAUAUGUAACUGUGUUCUGGUAUCUUGAAAUAAAGGUAAUUUUGAGUUAAA